AGUAUCUCCAAGGGGUAUAGCAGCCAAGCCUCCCGAAUCGACGUUGGUCUGACAUGCUUUCUUAGGCCCUUUGAAAGUAAUCCCACAAGCUAGGGACCUGAUGAGGGCUCUUGACAGCUGCGACAGGAGUUAGGUCCACAGCCAACAGCAAAGAGGGUGGUGCGGCAGACAUGAGCCGGGCGAAUCGUCUCCCUUCCGUAUCGCCCUGACCCAAUGCUGGCGCUGAAUCCUUCGAACUGUCCCCUGUGCCCAGUAUCGUAGGGUCGAGGUUGUCAUUGGGGAGACCAGCGAGUGGGCAAAUGAACCCAUGGACCAACAACAGCCACGAAACUGCAGCGAGCCCUUGUCGGACUUGCGCUUUGGCUGCUGACACAUUCGAGCGGUGGCAGCGGAGCUAAAGGAUUCCGGAAUGGCUAGAGAAGUUGACGAUGGCGAUGGGAGUAAACAAUUGCAUAAAGAGAAGUGGGCGGCGCGGCCAUCAUGUGCAGAGAGGGCCUCUCGAGACACGCUCCUCUGCUGCCCCAUCCACACUCUCUUCUCCCAGCGCAUAAUCUUCAGGCCAGCCCUUUCCAGUCCUUUCAAGAUCUCAAACCCUUCCGAAUUCUUUUUUUUCUCGCCAUAACGACCCUCGCAACCGCCAUGCGUACCAACAACGUCUUCGUGGCCUUCGCCGCCGUCGCCACCGGGGCCGCCGCCAGGCCCGGCAACCCUGGCCAAGCCAUCGCCGGGCGCGACAGCAUUGGCGGCUCCGUUGGACACCCAAACCAGCUCCCUGCCAAACGCCAGGCCAGGGAGGAGACGGGCAUCAUCGCGAGGGUUUCGUCUUGCGCGAAAGCCCUCGUGGCCAUCGCCUCGGCCAUUCCCAGGGACCUCGAACUGGAAAAGUCCAUCGAGGAGUGGGCUGCGCAGCAGACGCCGGCUCCCAACGCCGACGUUUGCGAUAUCAAGGUACCAGCGCCGCUCACCUCGGAAAUUGGCGAGUACAUCAAAACCCUGGAUGCUUGGGGAUCUAGCAACGGGCCCGCCCACAUCUCUUCCAUGUCCGCAGCUGGCUGCCCCGUCGAGAAGUUCAAGGAGCUUGAUGACAGGGUCAAGUCUGCAUUUGCCGAGCUUGAAAACCUCUGCACCACGACAACGGGCGGCACAAAUUCCAAGCCCACUCGGGCCACGUCCAAUGCUGUUGCUGCGGCUACUACCAGCAGCACCAGCUCCAGCAAGGACGCUGCUCCGCGCGAAACCGGCUUCGUUGCCGGUAUGGUAGCUGCCGUAGGUCUUCUGGGCGUUGUUGCGGCUUUAUAAGCAGAGCUGUAUUGUUUUCAGCACUUGUGACCAUGACUCUGCGACGAAGGUGAGGGAGGGUAUUGGCUGGCUAGAUUCCAUUGGUGACUUGAUUUUCAUGUGAUAGGGCGCCUGUGCCUCCAUUCUCUCUAGUUUUAUACCAGUAAUCCAGCCUCUGCAACUCGAUGAAAUUGGGGACAGAAUAUGCAGCUCUUUCUUCGUCCAUGGCGCCUCUCUUGGACACAAUCGGGUAUAUGAAUAGACUGCCUCGGCAAUGGUCGAAAAAGUUGAAGAUAUAUCCAGGGAUGAGAAGGCCGCGAAGAUGGCAUCUUCACGAACCCGGUUCCGUCUGUGGCACUGCCAUCCUCAUCUUCACCAUUGCCAGCUC